AUGGAAGCAUCACGAGCGCGAAAGAAGCGAGCAGGCCUUACAGCGGGAGACAAGCGGGACAUCUGUCAGUGGAAGCAGGCUCAUCCAACGGCAAAUUUGAACGCAACGCUAAACUGGAUUCGCCACGACAUGGGCCUGGACAUCGCCAAGUCAACAUUGUGUACAGUCUUGAAAGAUGCCGGUACUUGGCUUGGAAUAUCAUCAGCAGAUGCGUCAUCGAUGAAGUGGAGGUUGCCGGAACUGGAAGCCCUGGAGCGGUCUUUAGUACUGUGGAUCGAGGCUAUGGUGGGGAGAAAAGCCGUUGUCAGCGACAAAAUGGUCGUUGAAAAGGCACGUCUUCUUGGGGCACUGCAGGGUAAGCUGCCUACAGAGGACUGCCUUCAUUUAUUGUUUGUCUUGAAUGGUAUUUUUGCUAUUAGGUUAUGGCUCUUCCUUGGCAUUAGAAGUGCCUUCCGACUUCCAGUACUCAAGCGGCUGGCUCUUGCGAUUCAAGGCUCGCCACAAGAUUUCCACGGUGAGAGCGGCGAUGUUGAUCCGACCACGGUAUCAGAGGGGCGUGAAAGACUUCACAGAGUUCUUCAAGGGUACAGCCUCGACGACAUUUACAACUUCGAUGAGACUGCAUUGUUCUUCAAGCUAGGUCCCACGCGGACGUUAUCACCCACCCGUUUUCCCGGCACAAAGCGCAGCAAGGUGAGAGUGACUGUGGGUCUCCUGUGCAAUGCUUCUGGUACGGACAAGUGCAAGCCCGUAAUCAUAGGGCACGCCCAGCGGCCCAAAGACUUUGGGAAGAAAUUUUCACCGGCUCCGUACUGCUACUAUUAUGCAAAUGGGAAGGCGUGGAUGACUUCGGAUAUCUUCUUGGAGACGUUGAGACGCUUUGACAACACGCUCAAGCAGGAGAACAGGCAAGCGAUACUUUUGGUUGACAACGCUGGGUGUCACAAGCUGCGCGGCGAAGAGUUCACCAAUCUUCGAGUUGAGUUCCUUCCAGCUAACACGACGUCAAAGAUACAGCCACUCGACGCAGGCAUCAAUCGGUCGGCGAAGGUCCGUUAUCAGACUGAAUUGGUACGCCACUACAUUGCCCUUGCUGAAUCAGGCGAGAAACAGACUGCAGGGCUUCGUUGGUGCAUUAGGACAUUCAGCCGAGCCCGGGGAAGUGUUUCGCCAGCAACAAUCAAAAACUGUUGGCGACACACGGGAAUCCUUCCAUGUGCUACGGAUGAGGGCGAAUGUUUCAGCCCAGACGACGACCUACCCUUGGCUGAACUACGAAGGCAACUGCGCAUUUUGGACCUGUCUUUUCCGGAAUCAGCCGCUGAAGAGUGCAUUUCGUAUGGUGACAGUGAGGACGUUUCCGAGCCCCUUGACGACAACGCUCUGGUACAACUGUCGAAAGACACGACUGACAAUGAAAUCAGUGAUGAUGACGAAUCCUCAAGUGCUUCGCAGCCGAGUGUUACUGCAGCCUCCGCGUGGAAAAACAUUCACAGUGCCAUUCUGUAUUUCGAGGAAAUCGAAGACCAGUCGAGCGUGAAUAUGCUGACGUCUCUUCUUUGUAAGAUAGACACUGCAGAAGGCAUGGUGCAAAGCAAGAUUACACAAUAUAUUGCAUAA